GUAUGUGUGUGAGUGUGCGUGUCUGAAUGCGAACAAGUUGAUAUUAUUUUUAAUUUUCCAAACAUCUUUGAAUUAGGCUCUGGAAGAAAGCCUUGGCCGCGGUGAGUGAGCCAUCUUUCAGAGUCGCCUGAGGAAAAGAAAAAGACUUACCACAAAAACGGACACUAAUGAACUCGUAAAUAAUAAGUUUGCUACGCAUAGCGUGUGAAAACAAGCCACAUCUACGCAGUUAAAUGAAUUUCGGUGUAUCUGUGCUUUGACAGCAGCUAACUUGAAGCUAGAGUACGGCCAUUCACGCGCUUGUUGUUUUUUUUAUUGGCAGUUUGCAGUCAAGUGAGUCUCGUGUGCCUUCUUUUAAACGCCUAAAGUCGCUCUUGUUAGCUAAUGAAGUUGCACUGAACGUUUAAUAAAACAGUCGUAAAACGUAAUAACGGGAUAAGCCAUAAGCUACUCAUCAAAAUGCUUAAGACGCUGACGAAGAAGCUAAGAAGACAUUCACUUAAUGAAAUACAUCCUUUCCACCUGAAGAUUUCAUACCAUGGCAGUGGAGAGGGAGGGGAGAGUGAUGACUCAGAGGGGGAGAACCAGGAGCUUGCACAGAUUGACAGAGAGAGACGGAGGAAUUGUGCUCUCACCCCAUUGGCGACCAGUCAGCAGCACAACCAGGGUCCGCUCUCUCCUGCCCGAUUACGACGCCUCCGCCUCCUUUUAGAUGCCAAUCUGGAUCGCCACUCUUCAGAAGAAGAGCUCGAACGUAUCAGCUGUGGUGACAACAGGAAGUGGGUGUCUGCUCUCCCCCAGCGGCACGGCGAUCACCACAGCAGCGCCUCCAGUGAUGAGGAGGUGCGGGACCUCUGUGGCUGCGGGUCGCCAGCUGCCUCCAGCAGGCCGCUGGUUGAGCCAAGCGCUUGCUUGGCUGCCUCUCCCAGCCCUGUACUCUUCAGCUCCAGUCCACCACGUAGUCUCAAGCCACCCCCCAUGCGCUUUCAGCUGCAGGUGGUGCAGCCAGUGGCACGGCCCAUCAUUCUGACCCACUUUGACCAGGCAGCACCUUACAGAAAGUAUCGGCACAGUUUUGGUGGGGAGCCAGGGAGGCCCAGUCUGGACCUGGAGAAAAUGCAACAGAAAAUGCUGCUGAAAAAGAACUGUGGAGGGAAAACGCGGACUAUAAAGAUCCGGAAUCUGACCGGCAGUCGUCCCCCACCCAGGUACACCUACGAUCCGUCCAUCUUUGCCUUCCGCUCCUUGAGCACAGUGCCCCCCUGCAGCCCCCUGACCCCGUCCGAGGAUCCUCCCUGCCCAUAAGAAAAUUCAGCCAUGGCCAGAUAAUCCUCUCCCCUGCUCUUCAUUCCCAGACAGCUGCUUUUUUUUGUGGCUUCUGCAGCGAAACCAAGGAGUGAACCUUCUGAAAGAACUGACCGCUAGAAAGACGUUCGUUUUUAUGGUGGAACUAUUGCACACUCAGGUAAUCUCACCCUGUAACCCUGUCACUUUGAUCAUUGUUCUCCACGAGAAAUCAGAUGGAACAUUCGGAGAACACUCUCAACGCAACACUUGUAAGGAUACUUGAGGUUUUCCUUAUGUAUAGCUGUCCCCGGAAAGAUCCUGUGAUUGGAGGAAGACUGAGAAAAACAGACAUGGACCAGAGGUGGUACACAAGGACAAGGCCAACCAUUUUCCAACCGGAUUUAGUUCUGGGUUAGAUUAAUAUUCGAGGGAAAUAAUGCAUGUAAGACAAUCAAACGGUUCCAAGGUUUCUUUCUUUGAUGUCAUCACUGGACAUCUUGUAAGGUUCUUAGUAACGUUCCAUACUAAACAAGUCACCUGAGUCACCUGAUAUCUUGUUAUUGUUGAGAUGAACAUAGACAGUGGUCACAUUCGUAUGUCUGAAAAAUUACUUCUUUGGAUGUGUCAUUGAAUAUGCAGGUCACGAUGAGAUAUAACAAACAUGUAUGACAUGUAUGUAGUUGAAUAGUUGACUUUGGUGAUGUACGUUUCUUAAUGAAUUUGUCAUUUAGUCCAACUCAAAGUUCAGUACUCGUAUCCUCUUUUCCUUGCAUGAAUUCCACUGUUUUGCAGAAGGAGAGGUAUCUGGGGAAAAAGAAAGUCUGAGAAUAGUUUGCUGCACAUUUGGCAAGUGUAAUUGGUGCUAUGUUACGCAUAGCCUACUUGUAGUGUGCCAUUUUGUUUCUCCGAUAUUGUACCUCAUUACUUUCUAGGUAGAAGAGGACCACUGGUAAAUCCAAGACAUCCCAGUGUUUUCUAAAGAUCUCUUAAUGCCUUGAAAUCACAUUCCUGUUGUAUUGAACGAAGCUUAAGGUAAUUCUCAGCUCCUGAAUCGAGCUGACCAACUGAUUAAAGACGAUGUCACCACUGUAAGAUUUUGCCGAAGUGAAUGUAACAUUGUGACAUAUUUUCGUCCAUUGUUGCCCAAAAUGAAUCAAUAAAUGCCCUGUGGCCUCUUG